AAAGCCUCAAAACCCCUAAAUCUGCCACGGUGUUAAAUUAGGGUUUAGCACAAGUCCUGAAAAUCGCUGGUCGAAUCAUGGGGAAGAAAGAGAAGAAGGUGAGCGAAGAAAUCGGAAAGCAAUUGGAAACUAUGAAUGUGAAAAUCAAGGAAAUUCCCGAAAACCCAGAGAAGAAAAUCUCGCCAGUAAUCGGAUAUUUUCCUUCCGGAUUUGACCCGUUGAAGAAUUCGGAGGAAUCCAACUCGCAAUCCAGAGUCUCUAGCGUGAAGGUGUACAAGAAUGCCAAACGAAAUCCCAAAAACCCUAGAUUGGAGGUGGUGGUAGGAGUCGGCGGUUCCGCUGUCAAUUUUGUAGGAACGAGCUAUUCCGGCGAAGCUAGGACACCGCAGAUCUGCAAUUAUGCUCUUGGCGUGUUGGACAAGAACACCGGAGUGCUGAAGAUGGUUCCUAUUGCUGCUAAUAAGAUAUUCAGGUUGGAACCAAAGGUCCAUGGGGUGGAGCAGCCUGAAAAUGAAUCACGAGAUGCGGAAAAGGAAGCAGAUACAUAUGAAGAGAGGUCCGAGAAAUUCAUGAAUGCCACACGCAUGUAUUCAACGAAGAAAAAUAUAAGAAGGGAUGAGAAACGCGUAACCUUACGUAGAACAGAAGAUGUAGGAGCGCAAGAAGGUAUGGAACAAAAAUUGGAGGGGAUCAAAGUGAACAUGGAGGCACUGGUGGAAGCAGUCCCUUCAACUGCUAAUGCUCGUAAUAUCCCUCCACAUAAUUUGGAUGCCAAUGAGGUAGAGAUGGCCUAUCCACUUGACAAGAUCAUUCUAAAAGGGGAGUGGGAUUACCUUCAAGACAUUUUUGACAAGUUGCAUGGUGGAUCAGAAUUGGCCCAAGAUGUUUACCCAAGUUUUGUUCUCAAUCGAGCUCAGUCAUUGCAAAAGAUUAAGAAUGAGUCAAGUAGAAGGAGGAUGGCUGGAAUUUUGUCAUACAUCACUCAUCUCAUACGAUUCAAGGACCGACACUCUAUGGAUGGGGUGUCGUCUGCAAAGUUUCACAGAUUGCCUAGCAUCUUAUCUCAGAAAUUCUCCACCAUGUUCGCUUCCACUACGGAUAAACGACUUCCUCAAGAUAAACAGGAUCUGCUUAUAAGCUACGUUCUGGUGCUCUCCCUCUUUGCUGAUGAUUUUCGGUCUGACCCUUCAGACAUCGCCAGGGAUCUCCGGAUGAACCCUUUGACACUGAGAACUCACUACGAGUCCUUGGGCUGCAAGUUUGUUCGUGAAAACAUGUCUCUGGUCGCGACCCUCCCUCUCCCGCUGACCUUCCAGACGAUCAAGAUCAAGAGGAAAAGGCAAAAGUAGAUAUAUGAUCACAUUCUAAGCAAAACCAUUCUUGCUGUGUUUGUUUGUCUGUGAAAUUACUCUUAGACGGUGCAAAUUUACAGUUUAAACGGUAUUUUUUAUAACUAACUCUCAGUUUCGACUUGCU